GUCUAUUUCAUUGCAUUGUCUGUUUGUUGCGUCCCUAGGUCCGGUUUCGUUACGGUGUGAAAGGGACCAAACAAGCUUUGUGGCGCGCUGUGGCUGGGCACUAACAAGACGAACGCUGGGACCACGACAAACGCGUGGACGCGCCACUUUCUUCAACGACCGCGACGACGUUGCGCGACGACGACGCUUGCAUGCCAUAUCAGGACUGCUAUCGAACAGCAAACGACUAAUUAUGGCGGAAUUAGAAGAUAACACGGUAUUCCAACAGGACGACCACCGGGCCGCCUACAUCUUCAGCGCGCCGUCUUCCGAGGACCAGCACCACCACGAUGCAUCUUCUUCUGCUGCUCGCCCGACGAAACGAAGGAGGGUCUCGUCCAAGAAAGACGGCUCCAAAUCCCGGCAGCAGACAGCCGCAGCAGCUGAGGAAACCGCUGCCACCAGGUCGGCCUUCACGCCGCUCUUCAACAGCGAGAGCCCCGAAGCCGUGCGUCUCCGCGCCGAGUCGUUUGAGACGGCUUGGCCCGUUCUCGAUGCCCGCAUCCAACAUGUCCUGAGGGAAGCCAACCGCAACACCCUCGACGAGGUCACUUCGUUUAUACGCAAUGCCGAGGCCGAAACCACCCAAAUCCCCGCCGGCAUCAUCAUUACAGGCCCCAACAUUGCCUCGCAGGACCUGCUGUUUGAGCAGCUCGCCGACACGCUCUGCAAGGCUACGCAGGCCAGAUUCGUGCGCCUACGCUCAGCCGAGGCCCCGAACCUCAAGGCUGCCCUGAAGAAGAUCAUCAAGGACGCCAGGGCCAGCGGCCGUGAUGAUGACGAUGACACUGACGAUGACGACGAGACUGGGCUCUCUGUGUGUAAAAAUGGCCGAAAAUACCUUAACUACGACCUUGAAACCCUCCACGUCGCUCUCGACGUGAACGAAUCGCCGCGCGUCAUUGUGGCUUUUCAGGACAGUGAGGCAUUUGAUAGCGGACUCUUGACCGACCUAAUUGCUCUUUUCCACUCUUGGCAUGACCGCAUACGCUUCUCUGUGCUGUUUGGCAUUGCCACCUCGGUGCAGCUGUUCCAGGCGAGGUUGCUCAAGUCCACGGCCCGCUAUCUCUACGGUGCCCAGUUUGACGUGGUCCAAGCCGGCUCUGUGCUGGAAAGCGUCUUCAAGAGCGCCGUGGCUGGGAGCCAGGCUCUGGUACGCCUAGGGCCGUCAUUGCUGCGGAACCUUGUCGAGCGCCAGCAAGACCAGGUUGCCGGGAUUCAGGUCUUUAUCAGUUCCUUGAAGUAUGCGUAUAUGUGUCACUUCUAUGCGAACCCCUUGAGCAUGUUCCUUACUGCGGACGGCCACGUUGAUCGUCAGCUACUGCAGUCUGAGCAUAUUCAGGCGGUCCGGACUCUUGGGUCCUUUAAGGCCCAUGUCGAGGCAGCUGUCGAAGCACGGCAGUUGAACCACGCCCAGUCGUUACUUAACGACGACAGCUAUCUUGUUGACCAGAUCCUGAAGCAAGGGCAACGGAGGCAAGACCAUGUAAUGCGUCUCCUCCGUUCCCUGCAUCUUAUUACCGCCAUGGGCAUUCUUUCCACCCCCUUUACCGACCUUUAUAUAUCAGCACUCGCUGAGGGUAUUAGUUUAUCCUCGGACAUGUUUGCCGUCGUGGACCCCAUCAAGCGACUGGGCCCGGAUGGGAUCAUAUCAUUGAUUCGCCGCCUCGUGAGCGCUAUAGAGGCCGGCAGCCCGGAACUCGACUUACCGGGGUGGGAGUCUAAAGCUGACGAGUUGAUAGCGUCUCUGGGCGAGAUUCGCAACGAGGUAGAGUCGCUGGUAGAGCGUACAAAGGAUAAUCGUAACCCCUUGAAAAGCAAAUACGGUGCCCAUAGCAAGGUCCUGCGGACAACCGUCGUGGCUCAGAAGGUCCAGCUCAGCCGAGAUACGGCAACGCUGACGGACGAGGACAACGCCUUCACCAAGGCGAUUAACAGCCUCAUGGAUAUUUUGUCCCAGCACAUCCAUUGCGACCCCGCCGAGAGCCUCUUCCUCCACGAGGCGUGGCUCUAUGACUCUAAGUCGCCCUACCGGGACGUCUUUAUUCCUCGACUAGCAACAACGUUUGGGAGAGCGCUGACUCGGCCGCAUGACUAUCUUGGAUGCGCCUGUUGCGGCAACGCGGGUGGCGCAGUCGCGUCUACGCUGCCUACCACGGCUAUCUUGUAUCACCUAUACCUAGAAGCAGGUGCGCUCAUCAAUGUGGCGGAUCUGUGGUCGGCGUACUACGCAUCGGUUGGCGAUGAAUCCGAACUAGGGCUUGACGAACGGACAGCCCUCGUGCACUUUUACGAGGGGUUGGCCGAGCUCAGGAUGAUGGGUUUUGUUCGCCAGAGCAAGAAGAAAGCUGAUCACGUUGCCAAGUUGAAAUGGCUGUAGCCGGGAGCGGGGGCGGGAGACUCGAUUGUCUUUGGCAUUUGGAUGAAUGCAUUGUUAUCGCCCUUGUUCACACUCGGAAUCGGGGCUCCCGUUGGAAUGUCGCCGCCCAGACAAUGUCUUAGAUUGUCAGACAAAGGGAAAACGGAACAAGAGACGGAUGUUUCGACUCGUCGCCCAAGAUAGUAGCACGAAGACAAAGAACAGGAUGAUCCGCUAAUAUACCACAAGCCGCCGUCAAAGAAUAUGGCUUCCCUUUUGUGAGCUGUCGUUACCCUCAAAUACGCCCGCUCUUUCCCUCUCUAUAGAAUCGCCUUUCCCGAAUCUUGCUCUCCGAGAAACCCAAGCAUUGAUUGUUGUCCGAAGACAACUAGAAGACUAUCGCCGGAACUACUAUUUUCUCU